AACAAUACGAGACGGGCAACAGUCUCUCGUCUCAUCCGUCCGAUGCUGGAUCCUCGAUCAUCUGUCCGUCGCUUUCACCAGAUUGUUCCCAUCUUCUUCCGCCCCUCCGGGUCCUUCUAACUGGCUUCCAUAUCGGAGGAGAAAGGGGAGCGUGAGAAGGCGAGAAAGAGAGAGACGAUGUGGUCUGCAAGGGAGGGCAAGGCGCCGCGGAGGAGCGAAUCGAUCCCCAACUCUAACGCUGCUGGAGCCGAGGCAACGGUGGUGGGCCCCUCCGCGUUCGCCGUUGACGGAGCCGAAGAGGACGAAUGUCUUCGCGCUUCGGCAUCUCUCUCCCGGGAGGAGGUGCUUCGCCGCCGCUCGCGCCGGUUGAAGCAACUGGCGUUAUUAUAUAGACGCCAAUAUUGGGCCCUAAUGGAGGAGGUCAGGGUAAAGCAUCGGGAUUACUACUGGGAGCACGGUGUUAGCCCCUUUGUGGAGGACGAGGAGAAGGAGGAAGGGGAGGAUAAGGAAGGCGGGAAGAGAGGACGAGCAACGGAGGAGAAUGGCGAGGAGACGGAGGUCGCGAGGGUAAGGCGUCGGGUUCAAUUAGGGUUUGACGAAGGGGACGGUAUCGUGGGGAACAUAAGAGAGAGGAAGCGGUGUGCGUUUGCCGGAUGCAAGUCAAAAGCGAUGCCUUUGACGAGAUUUUGCCAUCCGCAUAUAUUGGCGGACAAGAAGCAGACGCUUUACAAGCCUUGUUCUUUCGUAACAAAGAGGUCUUGGUCGGAGAUAGGGAGGAGGGAUGAGCGGGUUCCUUCUGCCGACGCUGACGACGAAGCGCGACGUCGAUAGCAUCAUACGUGAUACCCUCGACACGGUCCUCCUCCUCCGCUUUGGCCGGGCCGCCGAUUUCCUCUGCCUUCACCUCGACGACAUCCUCUCUAAGUCGGCUUGGAAGGUCUCCAAGUUCGCAAAUAUCGCGCUGGUGGAUGCCGACGCUGAGGAGGUGCAGGUCUAUCUCAACUACUUCGACAUCACCUUGCUUCCCUCCACCGUCUUCUUCUUUAAUGCUCAUCAUAUGAAGAUGGACUCGGGGACUCCUGACCAUACUAAAUGGGUUGGAUCUUUUUAUACCAAACAGGAUUUAAUUGAUGUCCUAGAGGCUAUAUUUAGAGGAGCAAUGAAAGGUAAGCUCAUCGUCAGGUGUCCACUUCCACCAGAAAGAAUUCCCAAGUACCGAUUGCUCUUCAAAGACGUAUAAGAGCUGUGUCCAUGUUAGAAGCACUCAUAGUGUAAUUAGCUGCAUGGUCUAAAUGAGUAUCCAAGUAAUGACUGGCACUUUUACUCCAUUGUCAAUUUGCAUCUUGUAAGUUCUAAUUCCUACAGUGUGUAUAUAUAUAAUAACAUGAUCUUUUUGAAUUUUUAUUGAAUGAUCCAUAUGCUCAAUUGUUUGAUUUU